UGUGUUUCAAAAUUAUUCAACCCUCAUCUUGUUCCUGGUGAUUCAUUUUGAAGGUGAGUUAUAUGGACUGCUCAAUCUGCAGCUCACUUCCGGUGAUUCUCCGGCCGCCACGAAACACGAUUUGUGGGUCGUGUUACGACGGAGCAAAGUGUGUGAUAAAUUUGAUAAACAAGCUUCAAAAUGAUCGUAAACCAACUAAUGAUAAUGUCUCUCCUGUUUCCCAAAUUGGAUCUUCCUGUAAGACACUCACUAAUGCUUCAAAAUGGAUAAUAGACUUAAAAAAUAGAGAAGAAGAAUUAGAAGAAAGAAUCAAUUUCCUUGCCCAGUUCACCGCCGCAUUCCGCCACCGAAUCCACACCGAUAUUCAACUCAACCCCGGAUCACCCGCCUCCCCUUCCAUUUCCGCUCACAGAGCCCUCCUGGCCACACGAUCCGAUAUCUUCAAAAACAUACUCGAAUCAGACGGAUGCAAGGCUGCUCCAACCAACUCCACGAUUACGCUGCCGGAGUUGAGCCAGGAGGAGCUGGAAUCGCUGAUGGAGUUUCUGUACAGCGGGGAUUUGGCGGAGGAGAAAGUGAAGAAGCACGUGUAUUCGUUGGCUAUGGCGGGGGAUAAAUACGAGAUUCCGUAUUUGCAGAAAUUUUGCGAGAGGUAUAUGUUGAAAUGGUUGAAUUGUGAGAGUGCUUUGGAUGUAUUGGAGAUUGGGGAAGUUUGUUCUUGUAGAGCGUUGAAGGAGAGUGCGUUGGAUUUCAUUGUUAGAAACAUGGAGGAGAUAGUGUUCUCUUCUGGAUUUGAAGCCUUUGCUCUCAAGAAUCCUCAUCUUUCUCUCCAGAUUACUAGAGCUUCUUUAAUGGAUGCUAGAAAAAAUAGACCUAAUUAAUUCUGCUUGAUUCUGAAUUUGGAUUCAACUAUUUAAUUACAAAGCACCCAAAAAAAAAAAAAAAAUUGGCGAGGAACCAUGAGAUUAGAUUAAAAAUGGAGACGUAAGCAUUGCUUUGAUUUAGAAGAAAAAAUAAAAAUAGAAUGUGUAUAUAGUUUGGAUGUU